CUCGGGAGUUUGCUCCCUCCGAUAUUCUAGUCUUGGGUUCAAAACUUUCAAAAGUGUUAUCAAUUUAUUUGGCCCAAUCGAUACAUUAGACGGUAGGAUCGGGCCCCGAAAUUCGCCAAUGUGCCAGUAUGCUGGCCCGGACGCCGCCCCAACCUCACCUGAAUUGCACCACUCACGUGUCCAAGCACGCGAUCACUUUGGAUUGAGUACUGAUUUCCCUCUUUUUCAAAUCAUGGAAGUUACGCUAAAGUAGGAUUCGGUCACUUUUCAGAGACGUAUACACAAAUAUUAUAUAAUUCUUCUUGAAGAAGACUUGGGGAAUAGAUUCUAUCAUAUUGAAAGAGAGUUCGGAGUUGAAAAUUAUCAGCUCUGAUCUUUUUGCUGAAUCGUGGAAGCCAAGAAAGGGACUGGAUAAGAAGCAAGAACCCUCGGAAUUGUUAACAUUUUAUCCCAGAGCAAACACUCCAAAUCGCCUUCACAAAUGUCUAGAUUACAUGAUUCAAAUCCUCCCCCGAGGAAUAUUCCCCCAGAAUUCCAGCAAAUUCAUCGUCAGGCGAUCCCUCAAUUCCCAUCGUCAAACCCCCUCAAGGUACAAGAAGAACCCGUCACUCUGUUUUACCAAAAAGCAGGGAGGCUACCCUGUUUCAAGAACUUCUUCCGAAACCUCUUCUACCUCCACUUCUCUCUCAUCACCGUCUUAACAGCCGUCCUCGCCGUCCGCGGCCUCCUCUCUCAUCACCACCACAACCUCCGCCUCCUGAAACUCCUCUUCCCUCUUCUCUCCUCCACCGCGCUCGCCGCCCUCGUUGCCUUUUCAUGCCAAUUCUUCACUCUCCUACGCCCAUCAAGAACGCUAAAAGCCGUGUUCUGGCUCAGCCCGCUGCUAACCUGCGCAGCGGGCAUCCUCCUUGUUUCCGUGGGGUCCGCGGCGAGCCUGGCGGUAGCAUCACUCGCUCUGGUCUCAGCCAUUUUGAUGUCGCUCUACUCUUGUUGGGUCAGUCCACGGUUCGACUACGCUGGCCAGGUUUUAUCCGUCUCGAUAUCGUCUCCCCCGCCUAGAACCGCCGUGAUCGUUUUCCUAACUAUCAUCGGCGGUGCUCUGUAUUCGGGUCUUAUAGCGGUGGGGAUUGGCGGCGCCACCGCGGCCGCCGCCUGGGGUGGUUUGGAAAAGGUUUUUAUCUUGGUGAUUGUGCUGAGCUAUACAUGGACCAUGAAUGUGGUCAAGAAUGUGGUGGGAGUUGUGAUUUCUCGGGUCAAGUAUAUGAAGUUCGCCUGUGGGAUGGAUUUGGAAACGGGUUUGGCUUUCCGGGAUGUGAGGAAGUACUCGAUGGGUAGUGUUUGUGUCGGGUCGGUUCUUGUUCCGGUUCUCGGGCUGGUUUGCGGUUUGGCUCGGGCCAUGAGUUCAGCUUCAGGGGAAACAGAUGAAUUCAUGUUCUCGUGCGUGAAUUGCUAUUCAGGAGUUGCUUCCAAGCUGGUAACGUACGGGAAUCGAUGGGGCUUCGUUCACGUCGGAGUCUAUAAUAAACGUUUCGUCCAGGCGUCAAUCGAUACGUGGGAGAUGUUCAGGAGAGCUGGGCUGGAACCAUUGAUUGACUCGGAUCUCACCAGUUCAUUCUGCUUCCUCUGUGGGGUGGCUGGUGGCGGAGUUUGUGCGCUGGCUGGCGGAACUUGGUCUCUUGUGGUGCACAAUGGGUAUGCCACAGUAGUGUCAAUCUAUGCCUUCCUGAUUGGCUAUUUCAUGUGCCGGGUAGCGAUGGCAUGGCCACAGGCUUGUGUUUCCGCAUACCACGUUGCUUACGCAGAGAACCCGGAGAGCGCCCGAUUCGACGCGACAAUCCCGGUACGCGUUCAGGAGCUGCAGAGAUCUCGAGCCCAGAAUUCACAUACAAUUCAUGACUCCACCGAGUUCGAGUAGCACAGAGCAACAGAAGUAACCUUCUCCCUUAGGACAUAUUCCAUUCAAUAUUUUGCUGUCUAUAGUGUGAAUACCAAAGAACAGAUCCGAUUUUGAUACGGAUAAUGCAAGAAAACCAUAUAUCAUUCAGCUGUAAAUUAAAAGAAAAUUCUACCGUAAUUUUGUUUGCACGAAAUUCAAGUUGUUUCUUCUA